AUGAAAGCCUUCGAACAUGGACCAGUCAAACACAAUCUGCAAAUUCUUGGAGAGAAAAAGGCUGUUCAAUUUGGCCUCAUCCUGGAUCAUAAAAAUGCAGAAUCUGUGCGCAGUUGUUUCGUUUCUAUUUCCGUAUACACGGUUUGUACAUUGAUAGAAUAA